AUGGCCAAGCUCUCCGGCUACAGGGCAUACGAGAUCAUAUCCAACACGAAAAGGGAAGGGCGCAGCGUCUUUGUGCUCAACGUCUACAGUAAACCCGCCAAGCGUCACAUGUUCGCCGCACUCUUCCGGGCGGCCCUGGAGAUCGCAAAGCAACAGGCCCUAGUGGUCGUCGGCGACUUCAACGCGCCGCGUUCAGACUGGGGGAGGGGAGAUGCAGGGCACAAGGACAUCACGCCGGACCUAGCAUUCGUCCGGAACGUGAAACGAGCGGAGCAGAUCAACACCUGGGAAAAUCUCGGCAGCAACCAUUUCGUGGCUGCGGUGACGGUCAUAGCCGGCCCGGGGAAACCGAAGGGCACAAGGAUUAGUAUUACGGAUUGGGAUGCCUUCAGAGGAUUUCUAGAAGAGUUUGAGGAAGAGGACACUGAGAACAUCGAGGAGUGGAUGGAAGAGCUGAGGGCCUGCGCCGAGCACGCGACCAAGACCGUGCCAAAGGAGGCGAAUGUGCUGACUGCGGGCAGUAAGCUCCUGCACAUGAGGGAGGCCAAGUCCAGCAUGCAGAGGAGGCUGAGGAUCCAGAGACACAACCGCAACCUUCGGCGUAAGAUCGCCAAGUUAAACGGCACCAAGACGGCCCAGAAGAGCGAGAUCCUGCGUCGCCAUAAGGAGACCGGCGAAGACCUUAUGGAGGAGAUCCGCAAGAGGUACAUAGGGGACAACCCACCCCGAGCUUCCAUGGACUACGACGGCGAGAGGAACACGGAGUUGCACGUGCCCAUCACCGAAGCGGAACACAAUAUCUACGCCGAUGACACCACGCUGUGGGUGACAGGCGGCAGCGACGGCUACAUAAAGGAAAUACUGAAGGAGGCGAUCCGGGUCGUAGAAGAGCACAUCCUCAAGGUCCUCAGCCUCCGGUACGAGAGACAGAGAGGCGAGAAAGUGGACGUUCCCCUACACAUCAGGGAGAUGCUGCAGAUUUCUUCCAUCCCAAAACAGAUGCAUCCCGUACUCGACGCCAAGAGAAGGGAGGCGAGCGCCAAAGCCCUGGGAAGAACGCUAAAAGAAGAGGAGGGAGUCGCGUACGUCGACGCGGCCGAGUACAAGGGAAAAGGAGCCAUGGCAGCGGCGGUGGUGAACGGUGACGGAAACCUCGUCGCGAGCUGCAGCUUGAAGACGUUCGACCCGGACACGGCGGAAGAGGUGGCGGUGGCGCUCGCGCUAAGCAAGCCCGGCGGAUGGGAUGACGUAAGCUUUCAUGGUUCAUCUCAAAUUCCCACUCCAAACAUGGAUGCGAUGGCGGCGGAUGGCAUCAUACUUAACCAGCACUACGUUCAGCCUGUGUGUACGCCAUCGAGGUCCUCGCUUAUGACAGGCCGUUAUCCCUAUCUCACAGGUAUGCAGCAUGGCGUAAUCAUGCCAGCGGAACCAUGGGCUGUUCCACUGAAAUACACUUUUAUGCCACAACACCUCAAGCGCCUCGGUUACCGAACCCACAUGAUUGGAAAGUGGCAUCUCGGCUACUAUGAUAGCAAGUAUGUACCCGUGAACCGUGGAUUCGACACAUUUCUUGGAUUCUACAGCCCCGCACUGGACUAUUACACCCAGAACUUCACCUUUGAUAAUCAUACGGGACAUGAUUUUUGGAAUGGUGACAACAUUUACUGGGUCGACAAAGAAAAAAAACAAUACUCGACACAUUACUACACGAGAAAAACGGUACAACUAAUCCAGGUUCAUAAUAAGUCAACGCCUUUGUUCUUGCUCCUAAGCCAUCAAGCACCUCACACAAGUGGUGGGCCCACGCUUCUCCAAGUUCCAAAAAAGGGCAUCAGGGAUUUUUCUUACAUUCAAGAGGAGAACAGAACCUUAUUUGCAGGUAUGGUGGACGCACUGGAUCAGUCUGUCGGUAGCGUUGUGAACGCCUUGCAAAAAGCGGACAUGUUAACCGACACGAUUCUCGUAUUCUGUACGGACAACGGAGCUUUACCCUGGGGAUUCAAGUCAAAUCGAGGCUCCAAUUGGCCCCUAAGAGGAACCAAGUUCACGUUGUACGAAGGUGGUGUUAGGGGCACUGCUUUUAUAUGGAGUCCUCUUCUCAACAACUCAAGGCGGGUUUCCACCCAACUAAUGCACAUCACCGAUUGGCUUCCGACAUUAUACUCAGCAGCGGGAGGGAAUCUGGAAGACCUCGGAAGUAUUGACGGAGUCGAUAUGUGGGAAGCAUUGCGUACAGGAACUGAAUCCAAGCGUGAAGCUGUGGUGCACAACAUCAAUGGCAGAUUCAACCACUCCGCUAUUCGGGAUGGCGAUUACAAACUGAUUGAACGAACAUUCAGAAUAAGCCUAUAUGACCAGAGAUUUGAGACUGUUGGAGGCAAGCGCCCGUACGAUGACCUUGACACUUUGAUGAACAACUCCACGGCUGCCAACGCGUUGAGAGCCUUUUAUAAAAAGAAGCAUCUGAAGUACCGGGAAAACUGGAGAAGAGACGCCAAAAUUGACUGCGGUGAAAAAACCUCAACUGUAGACAUUCAUCAGGGGAUAUACUACUUAUUUAACAUAAAGGAAGAUCCCUGCGAAACGGAGAAUUUGGCAAAGAAGCCAGAAGAGGUAAGUGAAAUCAAUAGUUAG